GUAAAGAUUUUUACCUCACUACACCACAUGGUAUUUCAUCUCGGUACGAAUCCUACUUGAUACCCUAAUAUUCAGAUGUGUGUCUAAAAUCUGUACUAGGCAUUAAAGUGCUUUCUCAUUGCUAGCGGGAGGAUCUUUAAUUAUGGCAUCUUCAGACGACGAGGGAGAGACAUUUCACGAUCAUUUCGAUACAGUUUGUGCGAUAUGUGAUAAUGGUGGCGAGCUUGCAAUUUGUGAAGGGAAAUGUUUUAGGUCAUUUCAUAUAACCCCAGAUUCUAUGUCGGCACACGAGUCUAGUUGUGAAUCUCUUUGUUUACCUCCUAAAGAAUUCCUGAUUUGGCUGCGUCAGAAAAAGUUAAAGUGUGAGAAUUGCGAGUAUAGUCUACACCAGUGCUUUGUCUGUGCUGAACUAGGGUCUUCUGAUAAAUCUUCAAAUACAGAGGUUUUUCAAUGUAGUUCUGCAACGUGCGGCCACUUUUAUCACCCGAAAUGUGUAGCUAAGCUGCUUCAGAAAAACGAUAAGACGGAGCGACAGAGUCUUCAAGAAAAGAUUGCUGCAGGGGAACCCUUUGUAUGUCCAGCUCACAAAUGUGUUGUCUGUAACCAAACGGAAAACGAAAAGGUGGCAGAUUUGCAAUUUGCUGUUUGUAGGCGAUGUCCAAAUUCGUACCAUCGAAAAUGUUUACCUAGGGAUAUUAUAUUUGAGCAUCAAGCUGGUCAUCAUGAUGAAAUCAGGGCUUGGGAUGGACUUUUGCGUAAAGCCCGUGCAUGGAUAUAUUGCCUAGAGCAUGAGAUUGACCCAGAAGUAGCCACUCCUACAAGACCGAUAAUAUAUUUCGGAAUAUCCUUAUCAGAAGUACAGAGCAACCAUACAGGAAGAAACUUGGUGUGAGGGUUAUGUAAAUUGAAAAUUUGGUUGAAUGAUAUUUUCAUGCCACAAGGUUAUGUGAGAAAAUAUACUAAAUUAUAUCCUUUAGGUUGAAAAUCUUGUUUCUAUGCACAUCACAUGAUCAUGUGAAAAGAGUUACAUGACCUUAAACUUGUGCUGAUUUUGAAAGAAAUGUUUUUAACCAAUAUUCUUGAUUUUCACAAAUACUAA